AUGUAUAAUGUAGAGAAGUAUAAGUUAAUAUAUUAUGGGAGUAUUCUGAAAAGUUGGCCAGAUUAUAAUAAAAGCUUUGACUUAGAUCAAUUAUAUAAGCAUAAUUACGAAAUAAUAUGUAAUCAAAUUGAGAGUGAAAAUGGGAAUAGAAAUGAUGAUGAUAAAAAACUGUGUCAAAGCUUUUUUGGUUUUUUGGAACAUAUUAAUUAUGGAGGUGGAAAUAACAUGUACAAGGGACAUUCGGUGUGGUCUGAUUUUAUAGAAUGGGCUUAUAAAAAACAAGAAAAGCCGAAUACAUUUACAUAUGACAAUUUGGAAAAUUUCGUUAAUAAGGUUGAAGGAUUUUUUAAAAAAAGAAUGGAACCAGCGCUUGACAACACUAUUGAAAUUUUAAAUAAGGACAAUGUAAGAUUAAGAAAUUUAAUGAAAUUACACUAUUAUUUAGAAAGUGCUGGAGACAUUAAAGUUCUAAUAGAUGGUAAUCAUGGUGAAAAUUAUCCAGAUUAUUGCAAGUUCAUCAAUGAUUGUCUUGAUAUAUUUAAUGCCUAUUAUCCUGAAGUGUGUACUAAUACUCCUGAUGAUACGAAGCCUAAAAACAUAUGUAAACUUUUGGAAAGAUUUAAGGAUCAUUAUGAGAAUAUAAUGUAUAAAGCGUUACGAUAUAGACAAGCCCUUAUUAAAGACGACCAUACUGACAUAUUUUCAAAUAGGGUUCUUUGUAGGGUGAAUAAAAAGGAGUAUAGUGCACAUCCUAUUGCAAGUUUUAUUAAUGCAGCCAAAAGUGCAAAUUCUCCAUUAUUUAACAAAAUUAUGAUAAGUUCCUUUUCUGUAUUGGGAUUCCUUUUGAUUUUCUUCGUUUUGAUAAAGUUAAUUAUAAAAAACGGGCAUCAUCAUUAUCAUCAUCCCAUCAUUAUCAUCUCAUCAUUACUAUCAUCUCAUCUUUACUAUCAUCUCUGUAUAAAUUUUCUCGCCGCGCAGGUUACACCCCUAGAAUCCCUGAUUUUUGGUAAAGAACGAAGCAGUAGAAGAAGAUGGAGAAAGGGUCCAGCAGAAGAAUACGAGGACGAAUUCGAGUCUUCAGAUCAGUAUUCAUACGGAUCCUCAGAUAAACACUCAUACGAAUCAUCAGAUCAGUAUUCAUACGAAUCAUCAGACCAGUAUUCAUAUGAAUCAUCAGACCAGUAUUUAUAUGAAUCAUCAGACCAGUAUCCUUACAAAUCAUCAGACCAGUAUUCGUACCAAUCCUCAAAUCAGUAUAAUUCACGUGGCCAAGAUUUCGAUGAUUAUUUUUCCAAUGCAUCUUAG